CGGCAAAGGUAAACACAAAGUUUUGUUCUUGUUUAGCGUUCAUCGUGCGAACAAGUGCUUUUUCUGAGUUGCGUAUUGCGACGAAAGAGAGCGAUUUUGGUUAUCAGACUAGCGAUCUAGCGAUUCUACAAUGAAUCCUACAACACCGGGAACUCGUUCGGCUAAAAACCGUGCGACUACUUCCCAGGAAGUGGACGAUCAUGGAGGGGAUAGACCCGUUAGGAUGUCCCCCUCCUUAGCUUCCAGGGAGACCCAACUUGGAGGGGAUAGACCCGUAAGGAUGUCCCCCUCCACGUCUUCCAGCAUCACCCAACAAUUGCCAAGGCAAGUGUUGGGUAAUUUCCCAGUGGUGUCCUUAUCACCUCUGGGAUUCUACCGGCUGAUUGGAACUCCGGAUUCGGAUCCUCAAAAUCUCAGCCGCCAGGGAGGGGCUAGACCCGGUAGGAUGUCCCCCUCCGAUGAAACCAAGGAUGGCCCGCGUCUCAGGAUCUUGUCGAGACAACCAGCAAAUCCACCUGACCCUGUUCAGACGGGAAGCAAAGGCCCGGCAGCAAGCACCAGUAUUCAAGAUCAAGCCCGCGCCGGCCUUCGUGCCGCAUUCUUCGAGGCUCAGCCAUCAGCCCCGGUGAAGCUGCCACGCGGUGAGACUACGAAACAACAAGUCCCCCUGCGAAAGGCUCGCCAGACCACCCAACUCGAAGCGCGACAACAGACCGGUGAGUCUUCACGAACCACCCGUGCGAAGGACACCAAGGUCCGCUUCGAUCCAACAUCAACUGCAGAGCAACCCACCGGAGUUACCAUACAACAUCCUCGGGAUGGGAGAAGCUCUCCGCAGCAAACUACUGCAUAUACAGGCACCGUAGCACCUGCUAUACCUGAUGUCAAUGCCACUCUGACCACACCACCGGCGCCUUCAGGUGCUGCACCACCUUCGACACCCAGAAAAUGUACUCGCAAAAGGAAACACCUAGGUGUCAUCCUUAGUCCUCCAACUGAGACAUCUAAAAGGAUGAGGACGUCCUCUCCUCUCUCUGACGAGGAGGAACCUGAAACGAUGACAGCAAAGCAACACGUCACGAUUGGCGUGCAGACUGGAAGCAUGAUAAUGACUGGGAACAUGGGAAGAACAUCACCUCACGAAACCACGGUCAAGAGGAGACGGGAAAGCCCGUGCCAGCCUACCCUUCCCUUUAAGAAGAGAAAAUUCGAAUCUGUGACGAGUCUGGAGAGUCACGACAACAGACCCUCCACCUCUCAGACAUCAGAGUCGGUAGACUGUUUACCAAGAAAGCACAACCACAACCAGCAGCGUUCACGAGGUAUCCAUCCUAGAUGUGCUUUCAUAAGGAGCAUUUUACCACCAAUUCCUCCAUCAAGGCAGACCACACGCGUACCGACCCCGGAGCGCCCACUAAGAGGGUUCACUUCAGAAACUAUUACCCAGCUAAUGGGUUUGGUACAUCAAGUUUCCUGCAAAAGGAAGCUAAAUAUAGGACCAAUGCCAUCCCCCGAAGAAGGCCCUAGUCCAAAUAAGAAGCCGAAGUCAUCCACCGAGAGCUCGCCAACUCCUCCUGCCCCUAGCCCUAUCUCACCCAUCAACAUCCCAUGCUUAGACCCUGGUGAUGUAGAAAGUGUGUUGAAUGACCAGGGCUGCCCAGUAAGCCUCGGUGCGGGAGAUUUCGGCGAGGUGCUACUGAUGCGAAAGAAAUCAGACGGUGGCCUUUUGGCAGUGAAAAGGCUUAAGUGCUCCAAUUGCCCUCAGAAGGCCUACAGAGAGAUGCUUGUUGAAAUCAAGGCCAUGAUGGCAGUAUCGGGGCUGAAAGAGUUCCCAAGAUUCAUGGGAAUCGUCGACGAAAGCACCUUUGCUAUGGAGUUCGUCGGGGACUCAAGGACCUACUCAGCAAAGAGCGUGCAUUCCUGCAUGCUUGACCGAAGCAUCCUGACUAUCGCGGACCGCGCUCGCGUAUCCAUUGACAUCACACGCGGUCUGAUGGAGCUUCACCAAUCAGGUUGGUUACACAACGAUCUCCAUAAUGGCAACGCACUGGUUUGUACCGACUCUACCAGCUGCCAACCAACAGCCAAAAUAAUCGACAUGGGUAAAGCUUCAAAGAUCAGCAACCCUCCUCCUCCGAAUCGGUUCUGCAAGAACGUGAAGGCUUACUAUUACAAGAACUGCCAGCAAAUUGCUCCUGACAUUGUCGAAGGUAUAUCACAAGUCAGUGAGGCUAGUGACGUGUACAGUCUCGGUAUACUGCUUAAAGAUAUUGCCCUGAACAUCCGGGACCUGAAAUACGUCAGAAACCUGGGGAUAAGAUGUUGCCAUAAGAAUCCAGCCAGGCGACCGACCUUAGCAACCGUGCUUGGAGAUCUGAAGAAAUUCCAGGAGAAAUUGACGGCGCGGAAAAUAAAAGAAACACAGACGAAAUAUCAGAGAAGAUAAUGCUUAUGGUUGAAGAAUAAUAAAAAAGAAUGAACACAUGAUAUUUCUUCAACCGUCCUCACCUUCGUUCGUGUAAAAAAUGGCCUUCCUAGCCAAUCACAAAACUGACGGAUCUUUUGAAAUCCUUCAGAGGUAUGAUCAGUUGUCUUACCAUUGCGUGGAAGUCUUUGGCGGAUGUACCCAGAUAGAUAGGCUUAUGUAAGAAGCUGCUGCUUGUUUAGCUUUGCAUAUUAUUAUCCAGCACACUUAAAAUAAAAUGUGAGCAUCUCUUCUUUAACCGUUAUUAGGGUCCCACAUCACCACAGAACCUCUCUAUAAUUGUCCUAGCUCCUUGCUACCUUCGAAUUAUAGCCAGCGCAAUGCGACCAAGCGCAGUAAGCCUGUCCUGUUAGCCUAUAUGAAAUACUGUGGACACAACAGGAGGGGCUAUAUUUUGAGUGGGUUAAACUCUUUUGUAUACAUCGUAUACCCAAGUUUACUCACUCAAAAUAGCGCCCUCCUUUUGUGUCCACAACAUCUCAAAUAGGUCAGUCGUAAUAGACCUGUCCAGUCACAGUGAAUUAGCAAGGGUAUCAACGUAGAUAAGUCGAAGAAUAGUUAUUCAAACUUCUUGAUUGAACUUGGUCUUAUUUGUUUUUGAAUGGAGCAUUGUGGGCUGCUACUGUAUUAAACACGUGGUGAUGAAAGGUAGGCCCUAUAGAAAAUACUUGUCUGUUUAAUGAAAACUGAAAUAAGUGAAAAAUAAUUCAAGGAUUUGUUUCUCAAUUUGUGCACUUUUGAUUUCUGUGUCAUUUUAUUUAUAAGUAAAACUGGGCAACGCUUUUGGUUUGUAAGUUUAAAUAAAACAUUUGCAAUCGUCA